AUGGCCAAGGGAGAUGCCGAUCAGGCGGCCAAGACCUUCAUGGGCAUGCCCGGCUUCGUCGUCGACUUCUUGAUGGGUGGUGUCUCUGCCGCCGUCUCGAAGACAGCCGCCGCUCCAAUUGAGCGUGUCAAGCUUCUCAUCCAAAACCAGGAUGAGAUGUUGAAGACUGGCCGUCUCGACCGCAAGUACGAUGGUAUCAUGGACUGCUUCCGCCGUACCUCUGCAGACGAGGGUAUUGUCGCGCUGUGGCGUGGCAACACUGCCAACGUUAUCCGUUACUUCCCAACCCAGGCGCUCAACUUCGCUUUCCGCGACACCUUUAAGUCGAUGUUCGGCUACAAGAAGGAGCGUGAUGGUUACUGGUGGUGGAUGGCUGGUAACUUGGCCUCUGGAGGUAUGGCUGGUGCCACUUCCCUUCUCUUCGUCUACUCUCUCGACUACGCCCGUACCCGUCUUGCCAACGACGCAAAGAACGCCAAGUCCGGUGGUGAUCGUCAGUUCAACGGUCUGGUCGACGUCUACAAGAAGACUCUCGCUUCCGACGGUGUCAUGGGUCUCUACCGUGGCUUCGGUCCCUCCGUUGCUGGUAUCGUCGUUUACCGUGGUCUCUACUUCGGUAUGUACGACUCGCUCAAGCCAGUCGUCCUUGUCGGCAACCUCGAGGGUAACUUCCUGGCCUCUUUCCUCCUCGGUUGGACUGUCACCACUGGUGCCGGUAUCGCUUCCUACCCACUCGACACUGUCCGUCGUCGCAUGAUGAUGACUUCUGGUGAGGCCGUCAAGUACAAGUCUUCCUUCGAUGCCGCUCAACAGAUUAUCGCCAAGGAGGGUGUCAAGUCGCUCUUCAAGGGUGCUGGUGCCAACAUUCUCCGUGGUGUCGCCGGUGCUGGUGUGCUCUCGAUCUACGAUCAGCUCCAGGUCAUCAUGUUCGGCAAGAAGUUCAAAUAA